GGAUAUUGCAGAGCGCCCUGGAGCCCCGACCAGCUCGCAGCCUGCCCCGGCGCCGGUCAGCUGGGUCUUGGAAAUUCUGGUUUGCUUUGGCUCCCUGGCUUUUACAAACUACUGGAUCUUACAUGCCUCUGUACCUCCCACUUCCACUCCUUGCCCCCAUGCUCCUGAGCCAGCAACAGGACAUGUUCUCUGGAUGUCAGCUAACUUACUAAGGUAACCCUGCAUGUCAGAAGACAGUCCUUGGUAGACUGCCAAGGCUCCUGGAGACUCCCAUCUCGCCUCAUUUUUUUUUUUUUUUUUUUUUUGGUGUGUGUCCUCACUGAACAUUCAAAACUGUUUCUCCAAAGGGUUUUGCAAAAACUCAGACUGUUUUCCAAAGCAGAAGCACUGGAGUCCACGGCGGAAGCGAUGGGCAGUGUGCGAACCAACCGCUAUAGCAUAGUCUCUUCAGAAGAAGACGGCAUGAAGCUGGCCACCAUGGCAGUUGCAAAUGGCUUUGGAAACGGGAAGAGUAAAGUCCACACUCGACAGCAGUGCAGGAGCCGCUUUGUGAAGAAAGACGGCCACUGUAAUGUUCAGUUCAUCAACGUCGGGGAGAAGGGACAACGGUACUUGGCAGACAUCUUUACCACAUGCGUGGACAUCCGCUGGCGGUGGAUGCUGGUUAUCUUCUGCCUGGCUUUCGUUCUCUCGUGGCUGUUUUUUGGCUGUGUGUUUUGGUUGAUAGCUCUGCUCCAUGGGGACCUGGAUGCAUCUAAGGAGAGCAAAGCUUGUGUGUCUGAGGUCAACAGCUUCACCGCUGCCUUCCUCUUCUCCAUUGAGACCCAGACAACAAUAGGCUAUGGCUUCAGGUGUGUUACUGACGAAUGCCCAAUUGCCGUUUUCAUGGUGGUGUUCCAAUCAAUUGUGGGCUGCAUUAUCGAUGCCUUCAUCAUUGGCGCCGUCAUGGCGAAGAUGGCAAAGCCGAAGAAGAGAAAUGAGACUCUUGUCUUCAGUCACAAUGCUGUGAUUGCCAUGAGAGAUGGCAAGCUGUGUUUGAUGUGGCGAGUGGGCAAUCUUCGAAAGAGCCACUUGGUGGAAGCUCAUGUUCGAGCACAGCUCCUCAAAUCCAGAAUUACUUCUGAAGGGGAGUAUAUUCCACUGGAUCAAAUAGACAUCAAUGUUGGGUUCGACAGUGGAAUUGACCGUAUAUUUCUGGUGUCCCCAAUCACAAUAGUCCACGAAAUAGAUGAAGACAGUCCUUUAUAUGAUUUAAGUAAACAGGACAUUGACAAUGCAGACUUUGAAAUUGUUGUGAUACUGGAAGGCAUGGUGGAAGCCACCGCCAUGACCACACAAUGUCGUAGCUCUUACCUGGCAAAUGAAAUCCUUUGGGGCCACCGCUACGAGCCCGUACUCUUUGAAGAGAAGCACUACUACAAAGUGGACUAUUCAAGGUUCCACAAAACUUAUGAAGUACCCAACACUCCCCUUUGUAGUGCUAGAGACUUAGCAGAAAAGAAAUAUAUCCUCUCAAAUGCAAAUUCAUUUUGCUAUGAAAAUGAAGUUGCCCUCACAAGCAAAGAGGAAGAUGACAGUGAAAAUGGACUUCCAGAAAGCACUAGUACAGACACUCCCCCUGACAUAGACCUUCACAACCAGGCAAGUGUACCUCUAGAGCCCAGGCCCUUACGGCGAGAAUCAGAAAUAUGACUGACUGAUUCCUUCUCUGGAAUAUUUACUUUCAAACACAGUCUGUUGGUCAAAGGCCCAAAGCAGUGAUAACAGACGACGGUACUGGUGACGAGGUGGGUCAAGGCAAGCAGCCACAGGGACUGAGGCUAGCACGAUGGUUUCAAAGAAAGACUGUGAGCUCGGAGAUUCACGUAACGCACUAAACACGUCUGUGCAUGACCUGAUGGCACUUAUGUUGUAGGAUAAGUUAUGGGUUUUUAUGUUUUGUUUUGUGUUUUUACAAAACUUGAACUUGCAGGCAAGCCUUGGUCGGGUAUUCGACUUAUCCAGCAUGCUUCUCUUUAGGGAACAAGAAUGUUUUUAAUGGCAUAACAAAGGCAAGACUCUGCCUUAAUUUUUGAAAAGCUGCUAACUACAUGAGCACAAAUUUUAUUUUUGUUGCAGUGUAGUUUUUCUUUUGUGUAACUUAAAAGUCAGUGUUGAACUGUGUUGAAAGCUCAUGAUGCGCUUCAAAGUGGCAAGUAUUUGGCUAUGAGCUGCCAAAACGAGAGCCUGAUUUUUUGAGGCCAGUAAUUUGUUCACUAGAAUUGAUUUUUUUUUUUUUUUCCUUCUUCUCUCUCUCUUUCUCUCUGUCUUUGGUUACAUAAGGGCAUUAUGUAACACUAGCCAAAUGGUAGCCUCCAAGGUUUUGUUUUGUUUUGUUUUGUUUUUUUCCCCUCAAUAAUGUUAAUGGGUUAUCUCAAAUUUUAAGUUAGACUACCUAAAACGAAUACCAAAGAUAAUGCACAUUUUUGCACAGUGGAGCUUGUACUAAAAAGUAAACAAAGCCCCCAUGGGCUGCCUUGGAAUCAAGAGACAAUAACAUUGAACCUCAGCAAGACCUUGAACUAUCCUCUCAUUUUGCACCUUUUUCAGAAAGUAGAGCGUCACACACACCGUCUAAUAAGUGCAAUUGUUUUCCAUUUCUUUUCUUUCAUGUGAUUGUCUUCUUUGAAAAGGAAAAGGGAAGUAAAAUUUGCACAUGCAUGCAUACACGCGUACACAAAUAAAUACACAUACGCAAUAUAAACACCUUUUCUUCCCUGCCAGCUAGUGUUGACCAAGCUAAAACGAAAGUGAGUGAUGGUGAUGUGCUGGUUAGGUUUUUCUGGGUAUUCCCAAUUUGCACAUUCCAGAACUUAUUCCACAAGAUAAGACCCUGGUUGAGCUUAGUUGGAGUCCUCAAAACUGAGCCAUCCAGCAUGAAAGAUCAAUAGGUUUCAACCCUUAGGUCAGGACAUUUCCAGCUUGACUUUGCCUUAGAAAAGAUACCGUGCCUGGCCUUGAGGCUGUUUCUUCUGCUCAGUCUGGAAAGAUCUGGAGUGAGCCCUCAUGUGUCAGAGAGGGCUGCCAAGGCCAAAGAGGAGAGGUGGGGAGGUGGGACAGGCCACUUGGAUGCAACCCAUCAGUUCAAGUAUUCAGGAGCGAAAGGAAAGUUACUUUUUUUUUUAUGGUAGAGGGUAAGAGUGAAAAUGUGUCAGUAUUUUAGGGUCAAAGAAAGCCAUACAAAGUUAACACAGUCACAAGUAAAGGAGGCAAUGCUCUAAAAGGAUUAUUUCCUUUUUUAUGUGUGCACACUCAUGGUUGAAUGCAAGCCCAGUGCCGACUGUUGUCUCCUGUGGAGCCCUAGAGCAGGUUACUAGGACGUAGUUUUCCAGAAGCUUCUGUCUGCCUGGCUGCCUGCCUUGCUGGAACUUUUUUUUUUCCACUCUAGCUCAAUAAUGGAACUUUUUUUGGUUAAAAGUUCCCUAUUUGUGAAUUCUGGGAUUACUGACUUUUCUUCUUAAUCGGGAAUCUCAAAAUCAACUCUUUUACGGUAUUAUAUCUCUGUAUGCCAUUAAAAAACAGCUUGUUCUAGAAUCA